AUGGCCUCGCUGCGCAGAUGGCUGGCCAUCCGACUGUGGGGCGAAGAGCCUCAGACUCGCGCGCUGCUGGCCAAACUUGACACCACCCUGUUGCCCUACUUCUCCCUGGUCUGGUUUCUCUUCGGAGUCACUCGCUCCAGCUACUCCUCCGCCUACAUCAGUGGCAUGAAAGAGGCUCUGGGCUUCCAAGGCAAGGAGUACAAUUACAUGAACACCGCCUAUUUGGUCGUCUACGCUGUCUUCCAGAUGCCCGGCACUAGCCUGUUGACCAUCGCCCGUCCCAAAUAUGUGUUUGUGACUGCCAAUGUGAGCUGGAGUGUCUUGACCUUGAUCACCUACAAGAUGACGCGGGCCUGGCAGGUCAUCUUGCUGAAUGCGAUCGAAGGCGGCUUCUCCGCCAUUGCCUAUGUCGGAGCGCAGUUCAUGCUCGGGUCCUGGUACCAGAAGUCGGAGCUCGGGAUGCGAGCCGCCGUCUUCUGUGUCUUUGGACAUAUUGGCACCAUGGCCGGGGGCUGGAUCCAAGCCGGUCUGUUGGCCGCAUUGGCGGACCAAGGGGGUCUGCCAGCCUGGAAGUGGAUUUUCAUCAUUGUUUCGGUGAUGACGGUCCCUGUGGCCCUCUUCGGCUGGGUCUUCAUCCCCGACCUCCCCGCCCACCGUUCAGCCUGGUAUCUCAACGAGGAGCAGAAAGAACAUGCCGUCACUCGACUGGGCGUGGUGCGCAAGCACUCCUGGGAUGUCACUGUUUUCCAGCGCGUCCUGCUGAGCUGGCAAUUCUGGCUGUUGCCGUUCAUCUUCAUGCUAUAUUCACUCUCCGUGCAAGAAGUCUCAAACAACGUCAUGCCCUACUGGAUGGCCUCCCGGGGGUACUCCACCAUUCAACAGAACAACUAUCCCACCGGUAUCUACGCAGCCGCCAUCCUCGGCACGAUCUGCUACGCCGUCAUCUCCGACCGAUUGCGCUCCCGAUGGGAGGUAUCUCUGGCCAUUGGCUUGACCUUCGUCAUCGGCUCCUCUAUCCUCGUCUCCAACCCCUCGAAUGAUGCAGGGUACUUCGUGGCUUUCUACCUGAUCGGCACCACUUACGCUCCGCAGGCCAUCUGGUACUCCUGGAUGGCAGACGUGACCGCCCACGACUUGCAGCUGCGGGCGAUCACCACGGGAUUCAUGAACUCCUUCGACUUUGCUUUUGUGACCUGGUGGCCCCUGAUUUUCUUUCCUGCGACGGACGCCCCGGACUUUCACAAGGGGUACAUCGCCAGUCUGGUGACGGGAGCAUUGACAAUUCCGUUUAUUGGAUUGAUCGCAUAUCUCGAGAAACGAGAUCUGGCGAGGGGGAGGAUCGGGGCAAUCGCCCAUGAGCCUCCUCUGAUUGACGAAGAGGUUGUUUCCCGGGAGGAAAGGCCAAAUAAGCCGGGGGAUGAUUCCAUCAUUGUCCGAGCAGCGGAAGAGGGGGCAUCAAUGGCAUAA